AUGGCCGAGUCAGGUGCAGAGAGCUGCUGGGAGCGGUUUCUGUCUGCGCGCCGGAAACCAGGUGAUCUGGCGCUGCUGGGUGAUCUGAGCGAGAAUCCCAGCGGACUCCCGAGACGCAGAGUGUCCCAGUUCUCCUCUGAGAUGUGUGGCCACUCUGUACGGGAAGUGCUCUCGUUAAGUCCGCCUCCGACAGCGCGGUCGGAUGAAAGGCGUGCCGCGAGCCUCUCCCCUCUUCUGGGUUUUGGAGAACGUUCGUUGUCUCCACGACUGCGAAGAGGAGAAACGGGAAGUGAUAGUCAGCUCGUGGCUGAUGAUGCUGGCAUGCCGCGGCGUCGAUUAUCUGAGUUUUCAGCCAGAAUGCAGAGUGGCAGUGCUGUACGCGACACGCUUUCCCACAGCCCUGCACGGAAGUUCCUCAGAGGAUGCAAAGGAGAGAAGAGAUUCAAGCACAGCCCUGCUUCGGCAUCUGCACGGGAAUCCGUACUGAGCGGCUACGGGGAACGCCAGGAAUCUGCGCGGCGACUCCUGCAGGUGAGAGGGGAAAGCAAGGACUUUGGAGACAGAGGGAGAUCCUCGAGCGGAAUUCCCUGGCGCCAGCUUCCUCUCUAUGACUGUCACGGCUUGCUGCUUCAAACCGGGAUUUCCAUCAAACCAGAUCUAGCACAUCGAGCACCUUCUGUUUUUUCCGAACGUUUACACAGCAGCGAUGCUGUAAAGGAUUUGCUUUCUGGAGAGCGUUUUCCAGGCCGCGUGAGCAUGCAGAACUGGCAGCGAGAGGAAUCUACCAGUAGACAAUCACUGCACCGCGGAGACAUUGCCCCAGCACUGACAGCAGCAGCCAGGGCAAGUGGCCAUGCAAUGGAGACCGAAAGGUCUCGUUGCCUCGCCAAGUUUGACCGGCUUUGUGCGCAAACUCCACGUGCUGGGCGAGCUGGGCCUCGACCGGAAAAUGCGAUGGCCAUUCAAAUUAACCAGGAUUCCAGACAUUUGCACGGAACGAACAGAAGCGGACCGGAGCAGACUUCUCGCAUACAAGCUCCAUCAGCAUCGCCACGUUCGAUACCAUCACCCGCAGUCCAGGCAGAUCCCGAGCCGCUCCGGUGUACACAGCCUCAGAGUCGGUCGCGUCGCACAUAUUCUUUCGAAGCGGAUAUGGCAAAGAUCUCAUCGGCGGCUGGGCGCCUUGCGUCGGCAGCCAGUGCAUCAACAGCAACUCCGAGGCGCGCGCGGUGCCUCGGCUUCAUUCCACGCCAGAGGGAGAAGGUGCGGACGGAGCCGGAGGUCUUGUGCGACACGAGCCGAGCAUCACCGGCGCAUGUGAAUCAGAAUUCUCAGGACAUCACCUCCGCUCCUGCGACCGAAAGGGUGACAGUGCACGAGUCCUUCAAACCUUUCGAUGACAAGGUUGGCAAGGUUGUUGAGUUCAUCGACAAGAUCAUUGGCCAUGACCGAGGACAGCCGCUGUCACAGCCAGAGUCUGAAGGGCACCUGACACCAACACCGGAGAAGAAGCAGGAUUCUUCUUCACCUCGCCAGCAAUCGAAGCGAGACAAGGCUCAGGCUCAGGCUCGCCCCGAGCCAGAGCCGGAAGUGGACAUCGGCUCACACGCCAAAGAUGUCACGCUGUAUCCGCGACUCCUUACGUCAGCCCUCGAAGCUGAGAAGGCCUCCAUCACCGCGACAGCUCUGCGCCAGAAAGACCAGACGGUGCAGAAGGAAAAAGAUAUCGUGCCAGACAAGGCACGCAGCGGCAAGAAGGCAUGGAGCCAAGUGCGAAGAAAGCAAGCGAAGUUCACUGCGCUGAUGCAGCCGGACCUUGGCAAGCUGAGGGAUAGGCGGAAGGCGGCGGAAGGGUCACCAGCAAGACAGGUGUUGUAG